AGAUGAGCCCGCCUAAUACCAGGCCACGCCCCCAUCCCAAGCGCGUGCUGGUCUAGUUCUGAGCGAGAGCGCCUGGUUAGACACGUGAUCUACACUAAGAUGGCGGCGCCCAUGAACAAAACGUGAAGCUAAUCCGAAAUCCGGUUACCUGCUGCUUAAGACAUCAAGAUGUCGAGAUUAAUCGUCAAGAAUCUUCCUAAUGGGAUUAAGGAAGAGAGAUUCCGGGAGCUGUUUGCUGAAUUUGGCAAUUUAACGGACUGUACUCUGAAAUAUACAAAGGAUGGCAAGUUUCGGAAAUUUGGCUUCAUUGGAUUUAGCACAGAAGAUGAGGCUAAAGCAGCACUUGGCCACUACAACAAGAGCUUCAUUGAUACAUCUCGUAUUUCUGUGGAGCAAUGUAAAUCAUUCGGUGAUACCACUAAGGAUAAAGCUUGGAGCAAGUAUGCCAAGAGUAAAAGCAAGGAUGUGGCAAAAAAGGAGGAUGUAAAGCAAACAGAAGACGGUAAAAAGGCAAAAAAAGGGCAGAAUUCAGUUUUGGAAGAUCUAGAAAAGGACAGUGGCUUUAAAGAAUUUCUCAGUGUGCACCAGAACAGGAACAAGACGGCUACAUGGGCUAAUGACACACUGGCUGUAGAGAAAGUGAAGAGUCGCUCCCAGGAGGAUUACCUCAACUUUGAUUCUGAAUCAGAACAAGGUUCUAGUGAUGAGGAUGGUGGAAAAGAUGCAGAGGAAAAGCUUGCCUUACAAUCAGAGAUUUCAGAUAUGGACUACCUUAGAUCAAAGGUAAUAAAAGAUCCCUCUACUGUCUUAUCUGGAGAUGAAGGAGAAAAAGAUUCAGAGCAAGAAAAAAUUGCCACCAAGAGUAAAAUUGAGUCUUCUGAGAAAAGCAAACCAUUGAAGAAACAGAAACAACCUGUGCAGACUACACCUACCACGCCAUAUACCAUUAAACUGAGAGGAGCUCCAUUCAAUGUAACUGAACAAAAUGUUCGAGAGUUUCUUCUGCCAUUAAAACCAGCUGCUAUUCGAAUAGUUCGAAAUGUUAAUGGAAACAAGACAGGUUAUAUUUUUGUGGAUCUAAAGAGUGAAGCUGAUGUACAUAAAGCUCUUAAAAAGAAUAAGGAUUAUAUGGGUGGAAGAUACAUUGAAGUUUUCCAUGUUGAGCAAGCUAAAGAAGAGCAUGUCUCAGGGAAAUCGCAGAACAGACCAUGGGAACAGCAUCAAAAGAAUUCUGAGCUACAAGAAGAUUUGGCAGACUCUGGAAGACUUUUUGUUAGAAACCUGCCAUACAGUUGCACUGAGGCGGACUUAGAGGCGUUAUUCUCCAAAUAUGGUCCUCUCUCUGAAAUUCAUUUUCCAAUUGAUAAACUAACAAAGAAGCCUAAGGGUUUUGCCUUUGUUACUUUCCUCAUUACAGAACAUGCUGUUAAAGCAUAUGCAGAAGUUGAUGGACACAUUUUUCAGGGCCGUAUGUUGCAUGUUCUUCCCUCCACUGUGAAAAAGGAAGAUGAAGGGGAGGUGGGAGCUGAUAAUUCUGGCUAUAAGAAACAAAAAGCUUUGAAGGACAAGGCCAACAGUUCCAGUUCUCACAACUGGAAUACACUGUUUAUGGGGACCAGCUCAGUGGCUGAGGUGAUUGCUCAAAAGUAUAACACAAGCAAAAGCCAAGUGCUGGAUCAUGAAGGAAAAGGCAGUGUUGCUGUCAGAGUUGCAUUGGGGGAAACCCAGAUAGUCCAAGAUGUGCGUCGGUUCCUGUUGGAAAAUGGAGUUUGUCUAGAUUCUUUCAGUCAGGCUGCUUCACCGCGUAGUAAGACAGUGAUUCUGGUUAAGAACCUCCCCGCAGGUACUCAGGUUACAGAGCUGCAGGAAGUGUUUGGUCAUUUUGGAGACCUAGGAAGGGUAUUGCUCCCAGAAGGUGGAAUAACCGCUAUUGUGGAAUUUCUUGAACCAACUGAAGCAAAGCAAGCUUUCCGGAAGUUGGCAUACACAAAGUUUCAGCAUGUGCCCCUUUACUUAGAGUGGGCACCUAUGGAUGUUUUUAGUGGCCCACCAGCUGAAAAGACUGCAGAGCCAGUGAAAGAUGGCAGGAUAGAUGAGCAAAGUAAAGAGAGUGCUGAAGAGGAACCAGAAGAGAAAAUGGAGUCAGAAGAGUCAGAAGAUGAAGAAACACUUCCAGGCUGCACAUUGUUUAUUAAAAACCUGAACUUUAGUACCAAUGAGGAAACAUUAAAAGAGGUCUUUUCAAAACUUGGUGCUGUAAAAACCUGCAGCAUUUCUAAGAAAACAGAUAAGCAAGGUGCCCUUCUGUCUAUGGGCUUUGGAUUUGUAGAGUAUAGGAAACAAGAACACGCACAAAAAGCUCUACGACAGUUGCAGCACAUUACUGUUGAUGAUCACCAACUAGAACUUAAACUAUCAGAACGGGUGCUUAGACCAACAGUGGCUACCGAUCGUAAGAAACAGGUCAACAAAAAGCAGAAGAGCUCAAAGAUUCUUGUCCGAAAUGUUCCUUUCCAGGCUACAGUGAAGGAAAUUCGAGAGCUCUUCAGCACUUUUGGGGAACUGAAAACUGUCCGUCUGCCUAAGAAGAUGGCCGGCACUGGAGCUCACCGGGGUUUUGGCUUUGUGGACUUUGUAACAAAACAAGAUGCAAAGAGAGCGUUCAGUGCUCUGUGUCACAGUACCCAUCUGUAUGGGCGUAGGCUAGUUCUGGAGUGGGCCGACACAGAGGAGAGUGUGGAAACUCUGAGGAGAAAAACUGCUGAGCAGUAUCAUGGUCUGCCGAAAAAGAAGAAAUCCUCUGCCCUGAUGGAGGAUUUUAUGGGCAGCUUAGAGCCGGAUGAUGUGGAUGAGUAAGAUGUUUCCUCAGCUUUGAUGCCGUUUUCAGCCAUCAAUCUUAUACCUUCUAUGGGGUAACUUGAGACCCAAGUUCAAAGCGUGAUGGAAUUGUCUGAUUUCUAGACCUCUGCAUUGCACUACCUACGUUUUAAUACAAGGAGACAUUUUAUACCAGAAAACUGUUUUUUUACCCGCAACUUGCCAUUAAUGGACUAUUGUACUAAAGGUUUUUUAAAGAGAAAUCUGAAGGAGCUAUCGAGAGAGUACAGUAAUGGCUGCUGGUAGCAUUUAAUCUGUUAAGGGGACAAGUAUGAUCCCAUGAUGGUUAUCCAGAGUGAGCCAUUGCACUCCCAGUGCAUUAUGGGACUUGACAGCACUCUAAAGGAAGUUCAGAGAGACAUACAGAGAGAGAAGCGUGUGUUCUAUUAAUCAUAUUUUUACACCAAGGCGUGUAGCUCCAGGGGGCUGUUAGGGGGCCAGAUUGUUUAAUUAAAAAUCCUGUUUUACACAAUUUGUGAUUUUCGAUUCUU